GCGUGCUAUUCUUUAUUGCGACCACGACUAGAGACCGUCCUUCCAUCCUUUGUUGAGAACGGUCUCAAACAUGGUUAAACUAGAAUUGGAGAAUGCGAUCCAGCCAGUGAUCGCCGCGUCCGCAGCGGCGAAAACAGACAAAACUGCACUUAUUGAAAUUAAGAAUGGCAAGCCCUCGCUCAAGCAAAAGCCGAUGUCUUUCGAGAAGAUGUCAGACACGAUGCAAGAAAUCGUAAAGUUUCGCGAAAUGCUUGAGCAGCACUUAGAAUCGAAACUACCACCAUUGAACGCCAUCACCGAUGACUUCCUACCACUGAUUGCAAAACUAGCGCAAGAAAGUGAUAAGACAUUGAAUGGUCUUUCAAAAUCAAUGCAACAAGAGUUAUUACCCGCUCGAGACGAGGACGAUGAAGAUGCUUUGGGGAAAGCCACAAUAUCACUUCCGCUGCAAAUUAUUGAGAAGGCGAUAAAGUCCAUUGCCACCCGCACCAAUUACGGUCUCGAAGCGUCCGCCGCGGGAGGCAAGGUCCCAGCUGCAUGGCAUAUUUGGAGGUGGGAAGUGAAGGAGGAAUUUCGGCACUGGCUUCCGCGGUCUGCAAAAGACAAAGCUGAGGCUCGAGCUGCAGAGCGGCGACAGGCAAAAGCGGAGCUGAAAAUCAUGUUUCAAGAAUUGACAGAGGAAGAACGUUCUCGUAUAGUGGGCUCAAAAGCUAACGGAGCUGAGGCUGCAAAGGGCAAACUGCCUAUCAAGCGGGAGGACAACUUCAACAUAAUGAAUGGCAGCCCAAGUCAGGGUAGCACUUCCGAACAAGCAGGUGACAGAGAUUCAAAAACACCCGAUACGACUAAUCCAGAAGCAGAAAAGCAGUCAGACGAAGCCUCAACUGCGCGAGGAAGACCCAGGAAGCCGAUCGAUCUUGAGAAAGAGGCCAAGGAGAGGGAGCGCACUGAAAAGAAAUUGGCAAAGGCGGAGAAGGAAAAGAAAGAGAAGGAGGCCCAGGAGAAAGCCCGUUCUCUUUUCGCCAACUUUUUCGGAAAGGCGAAGGCGAAGGCUGAAAUUGCAGCCAAAACAUCUGCCUCCAACGCGAACGUACCAAUAGCUGGACCCUCACGCGUUGAAUCUGAGUAUGAGAAGACUUUCAAGCCUUUCGUCUUGAAAAAGGACGCUGAACUAGCACCCAUCAACUCAUUCCGUUCGAGCAGACGAAGCAAAACCCAGACACAUGCGCAGGUUAACGGAAAAGAUGUCAUUGUCAUCGACGACGAUGAAGAGCAAAAUUUUUCUGAAGAUGUUGCCAUGGAGGACACCAACACUCCUGACGUGACCGCAUUCACAGCAUCAGAUCGACUUCAGGAAUCCGUCAGUAAACUUGCCCAGAUUGGACCUGCUCCUCCUCGACGGCAACUUCUAUAUGGGUUGCGGAGUAGUUAUCCAGAAACUGUCAGGACUAUUAUCAUGAAAUUGAACGAGGCAGAAAUCGCUGGCGAUGAUCAACUUGUGCGGUCCCUGCUUUCGCUUCUGCGGUCCCGGAAGGACAUUCCAGCCAAGGCCCUGAUUUUCCAUGAGGAUGCACGCCCUGGCUAUUUUGGCACUUGGACACGUCCCUCUCGUGAAGUCGGUCCUCGUACCCCAUUUGCCAAAGAUGUCGUGGCCAUAGACUAUUCAUGCGAUAGCGGCGAAGAAUGGGAAGAAGAAGAAGGCGGAGAGGAUGUUGUUGAAGAUGGCGAGGAUGAGGAUGCCGGUGGGGAUGCAGAGGAUGCCUCCGAUUUGGAAGGUUGGUUGGUUGAAGACGACGACGUCGAAGACCCCGGGACACCAAUUGACGAGCCGGGAGCUUCUCCUGAGUUGUUCGAUAUACCAUUGCCGACACUUCAACCGCCCAAGAGGAAGCCAGGGAGUGAUGAAGGUGCGAAAACUGCGAAACGCCGGAAGGUGGUUGUACCGCUUGUGCCUUUUACCAAAGGACCAUGUUGGGAAAACGGUAUCGGAAGAUGUGAAUACGAGCCCUUUAGAUCAUAUAGGGUACAGCUCUUCAAUGAUGCGCCGUGCCCGAUCGACCCCUUCACAUUUGUAUCAGCUCCUUUUGAGGAAAGGUCCUCAUUGGCGGUAACCAAAUCGAUUUCAUCGGGCGACAAUAGUUUUGCUGUCCCAGCUCUUCCUGACCGUGUUGCUACUCUGCAGUCGGGGGCUACCGCAACUACGUCCUCGAAUGCCACCCCAAGACGACCGCCUCCCGCGCCAAAGACUAGUUUUCCAUCUGAGCACCUACCUCUGUUAGUCUCAAAGAUUACUACCCUUGAAACUGGUAACAUCACUGCCAUUGUCGAGGUUGUCUAUCAAGAGCUAAGAUCGCACAAGGUCAAGAAGAAUGCGAUCGAGGCGAAGGUAAGAGAAAUUGGGGAGAAGAAUAAGAAGAUCUGGGUCGUCAAACCAGAUUUCAAGGCAAGUUGGCCGACUGCAUUCCCCGCUUGUUCUGACAGCCAUUCGGUUUUCUAGACUGCUGUUGGGUUAGCUUGAUGGACGAACCCAUCUACCACCGAUUUGCUGCUAUACCACAUUGUUCAACUUGUUUUCUUUUUCUUGCACAUGGAUGAUCGACUCUCCAUUCAUAAUAUUACAUGUAUAUAGUAGCGUUAGGGUAUCUUUAACAGUCUGAAGGAACAAAUACACCGGAUAUACCUAAGGAUACAGAGCAUCGAGAGAAGGGUAUGGUCAUGAAGAUGCGAGCUUCCAUAACUCUUGCGCGUAUUCGUAGUAAUUCUUGUUUCCAUCGAACGAUACACAGUAUACAUCUCCG